UUCAUCAAGAGUCACAUUGAUCAUCAUCACUGGAGUGAUACCUCUUCUCCUGCAUGCAUUACGUGUGUGAGGCACAGAUAGAGAGAGUGAGGCACAGAGUGAAAGAGGGAGUGAGGCACCGGGUGAGACUGGAUGAGAUGCAGAGAGAGUGAGGUGCAGUGAAAAACAGAGAGAGAGAGUGAGAGGUAAAGUAAGAGGUUUUGUUCAGAGUCAUGGCGGUGGACAAAAGUGACCAGCAGUAUGAACACACUUUGGAAGAGUCAGCCCCACUACGAGAGAGCGCGCGUCAUCGACGCUACACAUCUGAACGCGACGCGUCGCCCAAAGACAAGAAAGAUGAGAAGAGACGAGGGGUCAAGCGUCCAAGGUGGGCAGUGUGCUGUCAGCGGGUGUUCCUGUCAUGGAUCGGGGCAGAAUGGAUCUUUCUGAUGUUGUUGGGAGUGUUUCUUGCACUCCUAAGUUUUUUCAUGGAUAUCUUCAUCUUCCUCUUCGCAGAUGCACACAGGUUUCUCUAUCAUGCUUCGGAUAGUAAUGUGAUGUUGCAGUAUUUGUCAUGGGUCACAUUUCCGUUACUUCUCAUGCUUUUUGCGGCAGGAAUCACACAGCUGUUGGCACCUCAAGCUGCUGGGUCUGGCAUUCCUGAAAUUAAGACGAUCUUAAGAGGUGUGAUGUUAAAGGAAUAUCUCACAUUUAAAACAUUAGUGACCAAAGUUGUCAGCCUGGUCUGUGUCCUGGGAAGUGAAUUGCCUGUGGGCAAAGAGGGGCCGUUUGUUCACUUCGGUGCUAUGUGUGCUGCUAUUGUUUGUAAAUUCAUGUCUUUCUUCAGUGAUAUUUAUAAGAACGAAGCCCGAAACCUGGAGUUGCUCACCGCUGGUUGUGCAGUCGGGAUCGGUUGCUGCUUCGCUGCUCCUCUUGGAGGUGUGUUGUUCAGCGUCGAGGUCACCUCAAUGUUUUUUGUGGUAAGAAACUACUGGCGAGGGAUGAUGUCUGCAACGUUUGGGAUCUUCAUCUUCAGACUGCUGGUGGUGUGGAACAAAGAAGAAGAGACUAUCAUGGCUCUUUUUCCAACAACCUUCAGGCUUGAUCAUCCUUUUGACCUACAGGAGCUUCCAGUCUUCAUCGCUAUGGGAAUAGUUUGUGGGUUUGGUGGAGCUUUCUUUGUCUAUUUAAAUGGACAGAUUACUCGAUUUGUGAAGAAACAGAAAGCUAUGAACAACUUCCUUAUAUCAAACUGUUUUGUUUUCUCUGGUCUGGUGUCAGUGUUUAUAUCAACACUUACGUUCCCUCCGGGCUUUGGACAAUUCAUGGCUGGACAGCUUACACAAAAGGACUCCUUGAUUUCAUUUUUUGACAAUCGCACCUGGUCAAGAGAUGGGAUUGUGGAAGACUUUGAUCAAGACGAUCAUUUAUCUGCCUGGAAACAUCCACAGGCCAAUGUCUUUGUAGUCCUGUCUGUGUUUGUCUUCAUGAAGUUCUGGAUGUCAGCUCUCUCCAUAACACUUCCUAUACCAUGCGGUUCAUUUGUACCUGUGUUUGUUAUCGGUGCUGCAUUCGGACGUUUGGUUGGUGAAGGCAUGGCCACUUUAUUUCCGGAUGGCAUUGAAACAGAUGAAGUUUAUCACCCUGUCGUCCCUGGAGCUUACGCUGUCGUGGCGGCAGCGGCGUUGACGGCAGGAAUCACUCAUACGAUCUCCACCGCGGUGAUCAUGAUUGAGUUAACAGGACAGAUCAGAUACGGUCUGCCCAUCCUCAUCGCUGUCAUUAUCUCCAACAUCAUCGCACAGAAUCUUCAGCCGUCCAUCUACGACUCAAUUAUCCGCAUUAAGAAGCUGCCGUACCUGCCUGAGAUGGGCUGGGGUCACCAAGACAAGUAUAAUAUCCAUGUGGAGGACUUUAUGGUGAGAGAUGUUCGAUAUAUCAGUCUGAAGUCCACCUACAAAGAUCUGCUCAAGAUCCUCCGCACAACAAAACUCAAGAAGCUGCCGCUGGUGAAGUCUGCAGAGUCGAUGAUCUUGUUGGGAUCUAUUGAGCGUGCUCAGUUAUGUUCGCUCAUAAAGCAGCGUGUGCAGGAGUUGCGAGAGCGUGUCGGCGGUGAGGGACGAUAUGAAGCUCACUUCCAGACGUCUACAGGUGAAUCCUCUGCUGCUUCUGCUGAUCCUGUUUCUCUUAAAUCAGCACUGAGGAGAUCAUCUGACACUGAGGAAACAACAGAUACGCCAACAAAGUCGAGCAGCAUCUUGAAGAAUCUGUUGUUUGGUGAUGCUCAGGCGGUCAUGAUAGAGGAUGACGGGGAUGCAGAUGGUGAAAGGAUCCUUCGAGAGAUUAAGGAGUGGGAGGAGCAACAGCUUGACGAGCAGGUGGACUUUAAUAAUUGUAAGAUUGAUCCCGCCCCCUUCCAACUGGUGGAGAGAACCUCCCUACACAAGACCCACACCAUGUUCUCUGUGCUGAGUCUGAAUCACGCAUACGUCACCAGUAUCGGACGACUUAUUGGGGUUGUUUCACUGAGAGAGAUGCGUAAAGCGAUCGAAGGCUCAUUAACAGACGAGGGCUUGAAGUUGCGUCCUGUGCUGGUCAGUUUUCAGGAUUGUGGGACGGGCGCUAACAACUUCAUUACAGAGAAAACUAAAGUCCAAAAACUACUGGAUCCUGACAUCAACCUGACACAACAACCAAACACCUCAGAUCACUGAUGACACUCAUACAUGACGACCAAUUCCAUUACUGAUUGGAUGAUUUGUUUUGUUUUAUUCUGAGGGGAGGAAUUGAAAGUUGAGUUUGGUAUCCUGAGUUUAAAUCGGUCGUGUGUUAAAGUUAACAUGAGCCGUCUGUCACAGAGAAUACAGUACAUUUAUUUCUUUUUCAAAAUGACUUCAAAGGGUUUUGGUAGUUGUUUAUGUAGAUGACAAAAUGUUAAAUUAUACGAAAAAAAUGCACACCCAAGGUGGUUAUUCGACGCGAAGCAGAAUGCGGUAACACCGCGAGUGUGCAUUAUUUUUGAAUUAUACAAAGGACAAUUAUUCCUCUUAUACCACCGUUACCACUAAAUUUAUCUGGUGGUAAUAUAAAGACAUUUGACACAUCAGGUGUGCGUUACAGAAUAAUAAUCAACACCCAUGAAACACUUCUCAACCAAUCAGAAUAAAGCAUUCAAAAGACCCGUAACAUAAGUACAAUGUGGUAAAAAGUAAACCCACCUCAUACGGCAAAAAUAUAUAUAUUUCAAAUAUAAUUUUAAAUAGAAUGGCCAAAAAUAUACUGAAUAUAUAUAUUUAAAUGUGUACAGAAAUGUAUUUUUCACCAAUAUAUUUUUGGCCAUUUUUGUAUAUUUUGCGAUGUAUUUUAUAUUUUAAAGCAUUUAUAUUAACAUCACAUUGAAAGAAAAACUUUGUUUGCCACAAAACUGUAAACAUAACAAUAAAUGUAAACAUAUUUUGGCCCGCAAAAAAAUAUAUUUUUGGCAUAUGGGUUGAAAAAUUUGAAAUGUAUUUGUUGCCUCUGAAACAUUUUGAAAUAUAUGUCAAUGAUUAAAAUAAAAUAUAUUUUCAAAUUCACAAAUAUACUUAAUUAAGCUUUACUUUCUACAAAAUGCAUUUAGCAUAUAUUUAAAAUAUAUAUUUUGGCCAGAGAAAUGUAUUAUUUAAUUUUGUUGGCCGUGUUGAUGUGGAUGUAAAAAUCUUUAAUAACCACUAAUGUAUUAGAUGUUGAGAAAUCGAAACGUUCCUGUCCACUGUUUUCUAUUGAAGUUCAUUUUCAUAACUUUCUCUUUAGUGAAUAUAAGCAGAGAGCAACUCUUCACAGUAAUGUAGUUUUUUUUAUGUUGCUGUAAACUGUAAAUUGCAUCAUGAAGUUAAAACAACUUGGUUUUGCAAGUCAAGUUGACAUAACUUAUAAUCAAGUAGAAA